GUCAAAGGUGGAAAGCCAUGACCAGUGUGAGCUUGUGGACUGUCACAGGGGCACUGUGAAGAUGGCCAUUACAAGCUCCACCUCUGAUGACAAGCAGAAACACACCACAGCUCAGGUAAAUUCAAAACAAAAUAAAUCUGCACGCUGGUAUGCUCCCCAAAGUGCUCUGUUUUAUUUACACAGACAACAUUUCCAUUCUAAUUACCUGGGUUUUUGCCACCUUGUCACCCCCAUUUUGUUCACAGUUUUUAAUCUGUCUUGCCCUCCUAAGACAUUUUCAAGUGAAAGUAGGUUCAUGUUGGUUUUAAUAUCAAAUGUGGACUUAAGUCUGCCUGAGGUGCUCUAUAUGCUCCCUCAGCAGAGUAUGGCAGGGGAGACGGAGCGUUCAGGGAAAAGCAGUGACCUCGGGGAGGAGGACAUGCCGGCUCAGGGGGGAGUGGAGAAUCAGAUCAACGAACAGCACCUUCGCCGCAUCGAACGCAUGUUCAGAGAUGCUGAUACGGAUGGAGGAGGGGGGUUGGAUAUGGAUCAGUUCCGGGAUGCGAUGAAGAAGAUCAUGGAUGAUGAGGAUGUGGACAUUAUCUUUAUGAAGGUGGACACCAACUGUGAUGGCAGAAUGGACUGGGUUGAAUAUCUGAACUACAUGCUUUUAGAGUACAGAGAGAAAGACUCUCUGCAGCAGCAAAACAGGCCACUCUACUUUCCCAAACCACUCAAGAUUGUGCCUGUUGCACACUGUGAGGCCAUUGUCCGGCUCCAGUUCUACCAUUCCAGCCCCCAGCCGGGGAGAUAAGGACAGACUCUGGGGAGCAUGGCGGGGCCUCAGGGGGUUCUAAGGGCCGCGCCCACAGUGGACGCUACCUGUCAAUCAGCCGUGAUGGCGUUCUCAACUACUGGAGCGAGAGGUUCAAGCUGCUGCGCACUGUCAAUAUAAGUCAGAUGCAGCACACAGUGGCCCAGCCCAUCUGGGUGACAGACAUGGUCUGCCUGAGUAACAUCAACCAGCUCUCCAUCUCCUCCACAGGGCGAGACGUAGAAUUCUAUGACAUCAGUGCCAGUAAGUGUGACAUAGUGUUCUCCCUGUCGGAGCUGGAGGCCAAUGUGGAGGUGAU